UUGGUACUGUCUAAGCCUUGUGCUUCGCAAUGCUGAAACCCCAGCAGCAAUCCGGCUCGGGCGGGAGAAAGACGACUAACGGAACAUCGGGGCCCGGCGGCAUGUCUUCCCCAGUCAGCGGCAUCAACAGCGGCGGCCGGACACCGGCUGGAAGGAAUCGUUCCUCUGCAAAGCCGUCGUUUCACUCCUCUCCUGUGUUUGAGGGCGUGUACAACAAUGCCAGAAUGCUUCACUUCCUCACAGCUGUAGUGGGUUCCACCUGUGAACUAAGAGUGAAGAACGGCAGUCUGUUCGAAGGCAUAUUUAAGACCCUCAGUUCUCGGUGUGAGCUGGCCGUGGAUGCUGUGCACAAACGCGGCGAGGAAGAGGGCUCGACGUCUGCGCCGCCUCGCAGGGAGGACAUCACAGACACCAUGAUCUUCAGCCCGUCGGACCUGGUCACAAUGAUCUGCAGAGACGUCGACCUCAACUUUGCUACCAGAGACACCUUCACAGACACCGCCAUCAGCUCCAGCCGCAUAAACGGAGAACACAAGGAGAAGGUUUUACAGAAAUGGGAGGGAGGAGACAGCAACGGGGAAAGUUAUGACCUCGAGAACGACGCCUCUAAUGGCUGGGACGCCAACGAGAUGUUCCGCUACAACGAAGUAAAAUACGGAGUCACGUCUACGUAUGAUUCCAGUCUCUCCAUGUAUACCGUUCCCUUAGAGAGGGGCAACUCGGAGGUGUAUCGGCAGAGGGAGGCCCGCGCCGCCCGCCUGGCCAGCGAGAUCGAGUCCAGCCCGCAGUAUCGCCAUCGCGUCGGCCUGGAGAACGACGAGGGCAAAACCGAGGAGGAGAAGUUCAGCUCCGUGCUGCGGGACGGCGCCGACCGCGAAAAGGGCCGCGAGAGCCCCCGUGACCGGGGGAGUGAGAAGGGCAGAGACAGCCCUGGAGCAGGCAGCAGAGAGGGAAAGUACAUCCCACUACCUCAACGACAGAGAGAGAUGAACCGAGACCGAGCAGAGAGAGGUCCCGGUGGGCCUCCGACCCACAGUCGGCUCGGCGGAGGCUACCGGCCCAACCCUUCGUCCUCCUCAUCAUCGCCGAGAGCCCCGCUGCCCUCCGCCGGCGGACCCCAGCCGGGAGUCUCUCCCUCGGAGAGGAGCAGUCCUCUGUCGAGUCGAGGCGGCGCCUACGCCCCCCACCACCCGCAGGGCAGUCCCAGCCCCGGCUCCGGUCCCGCCAGCCCGUACGCGCCGGCCUCCCCCGGUGGAGCGGCGGCCGCCCCGGCCUCCGCUUCGACCGCCACGUCUCCAUCCAGCCCGCCCGCCCCUCACGGACACGCCGUUCCUCAUUCCCACUCGCUGCCGCUCUCUCUGUCCGACGCCGGCCGACCCGUUAACGGAGUUUCCGCCAGAACGUCUCCCAAAGCCCAAAGACCUCCACAGUCAAGCCGGACAAACCGCGCUCCAAACACACACCCUCAGUCCACCGGUACCAGCUGGCAGUCCAAUUCAAUAAAACCCACUCGCUCUCCUAAAUCAGGCUCUUCCCAGGACACGCCUUACUUGGACACUUCGUCCGUCUCUCUGCCUGCGCAGAAGACGUCAGGCCCCGCCCCCCUCUUCCCCGUAGAUGUGAAUGAGAUCCUCGGUGCAGCUGCUAAGGAGCGCUCUGCAGAAAGCCCCGGCAGCACGGAGGACAGCAAGAGCAGCAAAGCUCCUUCGGUUCAGCAAAGGUCACAAAUUGAAGAGCUGCGGAAAUUUGGCAAAGAAUUCAGGCUCCAGCCAAGUGGAGCCGGCUCCAGCUCCCCCAGCUCUCCGGCGGCAGCAACGCCGCCUUCAGUCAGCGAGGUCGCCCAAUCAGGCGCGGCCAAGCCUCCAUCAGACGCCCACCCUCCCUCAGAGCCCAAACCUCAGCCUCAGGCUCCCAGUCCUUCCCAGACCCAACCUCAGCAUUCACCAGCUCUCUCCGAGGAGCCAGCCAAGGACGCCACAACCCCGCUGGGUGCUGCAGCCGCCGCCCCCACAGCGCCCAUUCCAGACCGGCAAUCACCAGCGACCCCUCAGCCAGCCAGGACCCCGGGAACAGAGGACGGCAGGUCUGAGGCGUCAGAGCGCACCGACGGCGUGGCGGACAAUUCUGCGUCUUUCAGCCAAGUGAAGAAAUCGACCUUAAAUCCAAACGCGAAGGAGUUCAACCCAAACAAGGUUCAGAUACCCAUGACAAAGCCCAACUCUGCACCGACCCCUCCUCGUCCGACUCCUCCCAGCCCGGUGGUCCUGCAGCACCCAGGUGGGCAGGGGCCGCUCUACAAUGCUCCCUACCUCUCCUACGUUUCACAGAUUCACCCCGUGCAGGCUCCACAAAUGUACCAGUACACCAUGUCCACAGUGAACCAAGGCAAAUACCCCAGAGGCAAAGUGCCCACGCGGCCUGAGACGUCACAGAUGCUGCAGGCUGCAUCAGCAGCUGGAGCCCCCCUGGUGGCGUCGCCCUACGCUCAGUCCUACCUGCAGUACAACCCGCAGCAGUACAGCCAGCAGCAGGUCAUCCAGGCCAUGACGCCCUACCCUGGACAGCCCAUGUACUCCAUGCUGCAGGGUGGAGCGAGGAUGAUAGGUCAAGGUAGCGGCCCCCAUCCCCAGGCCCUCGGCCCCCCCGGUGGACCUCAGUUCUCGGCGCAGGGAGACGGUCCUCAGGGGCCGCAGCAGGGCAUCUACGCUCCACAGUCGUUCUCCCAUCACUCGGGUGCGGUUCAUCAGCCGCAGCCUUCCAGCACCCCGACGGGCAACCAGCCGCCCCCCCAGCACGCCGCGCCGAGCCCCGGACAGACCUUCGUCUCCUUGCAGAACGCCCAGUCCGGCCCGCAGCCCCAGUCGUUGUACCACUCAGGUCCGCUGUCGGCGCCCACCCCACCCAACAUGGCUCCGGGUCACACGUCCCCACAGGGAUCUUACCCCAUUCAGGGCUACAGCAUCCACAGCCACCAGGGCCUCCCGCCGGCCUACCCCCUGGGCCAGUUAACGCAGGCCCACGUUCAAGGAGCAAUGGCGGGUCCUCACCACUCGGGCAGCCAUGGCCAGCCUCAGUUAGUAAUGUUGCAGACUCCUCAGCAGGGUCCCGGCGGCGUCCCCCAGCACCCCCAACACGGGCCGCAGCAGGGACCCCACCAGCACUUUUACAUAGGACACCCACAAGCGAUGCAGGUACAAACACACCCUGCCACCUUCCAUCCCCCUGGAAACUAACGCCCUGCUCCCAUCCUCCAUGACGUCCUGAGCUCCCCCUCUUCCUCCUACUCCUCCUCCUCCUCCUCCUCCUGCUGCUGGACAUGCGGUCCAGGGCGGAGCGACUCAGAACUGACAGACAGACGACGAUUCUCGCAGCACCUUAAUCUCCUGCUGUGCCGUCGGUCAUCAGCGGGAACCUCAGCUCCAGUCGAGGACAGUUUUAUUCUUUGUGACGAGGGAACAGCAGCGGCGUCGUCCUCCAGCUGCUGCUGAGCUCUUCCCUCCACCUUCUUCCCUUUUUUUUUUUUGUUUUUUUUGUUGUUUUUUUUUUGGACACGAUGCACCUUGCUGGGCAGACCAGUGAGAGAAUCAGAAACAGAUGGGGGAGGGGGGACGGGGGCGCCACAGCAGCAGCAGCAGCAGCAGACCUUUUUUCUCUUCCAGAAAUGUUUUUAGAGCCUUGUGAGGUUUUGUAUCCACCACAACAACACAAACAGACCAACGUGUAAGAUUAACCACACCUGAGAAGGGAGGCGAAGACGUGACGGGACUUUUAGCAAAAAAAAAAACAUUUUUAAAACUCGGAUCUAGUAGUUGAACAUCUGCCCCUUUGCCCUUCUUCUCUCCUGUAGAAAAAUAUAAUUAAUUAAAAAAAAAUAAAAAAUGGACAAGACAAAAAAAA